CCUGCCAGAGAGAUGCCAGACCGCAAAUUAUAACUCAUGUGUUCGACUAGGAGAAAUAAUUUGAUUUGAUAAAAUGUCAAGAAUAUUACAGAAAUAUGUUAAAUUUUCACCCCAGGAGUUGGAGACGUACGCCAAUAAUCCCGAAUCAUGCGUGAAAUGCAUCAACACGGACAUGCACCUGUCGAUGGGGCCGUACGGCAUGGCCAGUUUCAAACAUGCGCUUCACGAGCUGCUCAUCUGCACCAAAGUGGGAAUAUACGAUGCUAACCUAUCUGCCAUAGUGCUGGGCAUUAAGAACAUCAAGGUGUUGGGCCAGACGGCUGCCUUGAGAGCGGACGAUCCCACCUUGCACUUGCUCAUCAACGCAGACUUCUACGUCUUCCAGCCCAUUGAGGGGGCCGUCCUGAAUGGAGUUGUACGGCACAUAUCAAAGCAUCAAGUCAGCGCUCUCAUCUACAGGGUUUUCAACGCAACGAUUCGCUUCACCAACAACAAGAACACCAGGGAAGGCAUUACCAUGGAUCAGGACAUUAGUUUUCGGAUCAAAAGCUUCAGCAUGGCCAAUGUGAUGCCCUACAUCGAGGGAGAACUGUUACUGGAUGAGGAGGAGGAGGGCACACAACCGGUGCAGAACCAAUCCGUCAAGCUUGGCACCUCAGAGCCGGAGGAGGUCAAGCCCGAACUGGAGCUCGAUGCGAUAAUAGAAUUGAUUAAAAAAGAGCCGUGCAUGGAGCCCACACCUAAGAAAAAGCAAGCGACAAAACGUAAAAAAUCUGAACAGGACGACAAGCUGACAAAGAAAGUGAAAAAUGUAAUAAAAGCAGAGCCAAUAUAGCCUUAAAAUUCCCAAAA